AUGGGCCUUCUGCACAAGCUGAGAGUCGUCGUCUGGGAUGAGCCUCCACCAACGAAAGCUGAACGAAGAUUGGUGCAAAAGGUCGAUUUCUUCGUCCUGACUUAUGUCUGCUUGAUGUACUGGGUCAACUACCUUGACCGAAGCAAUUUGAACAAUGCGUACGUCUCUGGUGCUCGCGAAGACCUUGGGUUCAAGGGCACUCAGCUCAACCAGAUUACCACGAUCUUCUAUGGCGGGUAUCUUCUUGGCCAGAUCCCAAACAACCUCAUAAUGCAAAAGGUUCCACCCCGAAUCUGGCUCCCAGUAACUUGCUUGGCUUGGGGCUUCCUCACCCUUGGCACAGCGUUCACGCAUCAUCCUUGGGAGAUAAUGGUCAUCCGAUUCUUCCAGGGAUUCUUUGAAGCCUCGUGCUUUGUAGGAGUCCAAUGGAUAUUAGGGUCUUGGUACCGGCCUGAAGAAAUCGGGAAAAGGACUGCGAUUUUCACGAGUUCGGGGCUGGCUGGCUCCAUGUUCAGCGGACUUAUGCAAGGGGCCAUCUAUAAAAACCUGAAUGGUGCGUCAGGGCUGGCUGGUUGGAGAUGGUUGUUUGUGAUUGACUUUCUGAUUACGUUGCCUAUUGCGGUGUAUGGUCUCUUGUGCUUUCCGGAUACGCCAACGAGUACGCGAGCGAGGUAUCUCAGUCAUGAGGAACGAGUACUGGCUGUUGAGCGCUUGCCAGAGGUCAGUCGGAAACGUGGUGUCCUCGGGUUCAGUCUCAUAAAGAGAGUCGUCCUAUCCUGGCAUUGGUGGGCUUUCGUCUUGCUGUGGGUGGCGUGCUCGAAUACGGAGAUGUACUCCUCGAACGGCAUCAUGCAGCUCUGGCUGAAAAGCACCAAGGACUUCUCCAUCGAGCAGGUGAACUACAUACCCACAGCCGUGAGCGGCAUGGGCAUAGUCGCCACUCUGGUUCUGGGGUGGUACUCAGACUGGAACACUUCUCGCCGCUGGCACGUGGGAGUCCUUCUCUCCUUCACAGCCAUCAUCUCCGGUGCACUAAUGCUUUCUGCACCAACACGAGCGGCACGGUUUGCGGCGCUGAUCCUGAACGGCAUCCAGUAUUCUGGCCAGACAGUAAUGUUCGCAUGGGCCAACGACCUGAUACGUGGGGAUGACGCGAAAAGGUCUGUUGUGCUUGCCAGCAUGAACAUGUUCAGCGCUGCAGUCUACCUAUUCUGGAGCUUGCUUUUUUAUAAUGCUACGCAAGCGCCAGACUGGUACGAGGGUAACAUUGCCAUGAUGACGAUGGGAGGCUUUCUACUUCUUUGCACGCUCGGCACUCUCAUGCUGCAAAAGAGGCAAGAGAGAUCUGAGGGUGUGCCGGGUGGACGACACGGAUCGUAUGAUCAAUAUCUAGAGAAGAAGGAUGUUGGCGACGAUGACAAGGCCUGA